AUGACCGGCAAAACACAGACCAGCAAUGUCACCAAUAAGAAUGACCCCAAGUCCAUCAAUUCCCGUGUUUUCAUUGGCAAUCUAAACACAGCCAUUGUCAAGAAAGUUGACAUUGAAGCCAUUUUUUCAAAGUAUGGAAAAAUAGUAGGAUGCUCAGUUCACAAAGGUUAUGCAUUUGUACAGUACAUGAGCGAGCGGCAUGCAAGGGCAGCAGUCGCUGGAGAGAAUGCCAGAAUCAUCGCAGGCCAGCCCCUUGAUAUCAAUAUGGCAGGAGAACCCAAGCCCUACAGAGCAAAACCUGGAAACAAGAGGCCCCUUUCUGCACUUUAUAGACUUGAGUCAAAGGGGCCUUUCCUAUCUGUUGGUGGUUACAUCUUUGACUAUGAAUACUACAGAGAUGAUUUCUACAAUCGGUUAUUUGAUUACCAUGGCCGUGUUCCUCCACCUCCCCGUGCAGUUAUCCCACUGAAGCGCCCCAGGGUAGCUGUCACAACAACACGCAGAGGAAAAGGAGUCUUUUCCAUGAAAGGUGGAUCCAGAUCUACCAUCAGCGGGUCCUCUUCAUCAUGCUCUAAAUUGAAAUCAGAUGAGUUACAGACAAUCAAGAAAGAAUUAACGCAGAUCAAAACAAAAAUUGACUCCUUGCUAGGGCGCCUGGAGAAGAUUGAAAAGCAGCAGAAGGCAGAGGCAGAAGCUCAGAAGAAGCAAUUAGAAGAAAGUAUAGAGCUGAUCCAAGAUGAAUGUGUGUCAGAGAAUGCAGAUCACUCUACAGAGGAGCCUGCUGAAGGAGCGCCAGACAUGGAUGGAGGAGAGAUGACUGAUGGGAUAGAGGAGGACUUCGAUGAAGAUGGGGGUCAUGAGCUGGUAGGAACAAAAUAUUUGGUGUCCACACCUUUUGUGAAUAGCACAAGCAUGUCAGCAGCUUAUUCAUUUUAG